CGUCCCUUUGUCAGCGCGCCGCCAGGGGAGCUCUGCCUCCCGCCCGCCCGCCCCGUGCGGGAAGUGGAUUCGAUCGCGACGGCGGGGCGGCGAGGACGGGCGGGAGCGGCCGCCCUUUGUGGGGCUGGCGGAGCGGAGACGCGGCCCCGGCGGCGGGCAGCGCGCGGCUGCGGGAUGGAGGGACGCGCGGUCCUGCGCGCCGGCGGGGGCGCCCGUUAGCAGAGCCCGAGGGGAGAGCAGGGACCGGCGAGCGGCCGCGCACAGCCUCCACCCGGAUGUUUGAGGUCCUGUAGAUGCGGUCGGCGCCCCGAGAGUGAAGCGGGUGCACAGGCCGAGCCCUGAGAAGCCGCAGCCUGGGACAGCGCCGGUCCAGCCUCCCGGGGUGCAGCACUGCUGCAGGUGCCGGGCGGACCGGGAGCAGCCUCCGGCCUCCUCCGCAGGCUUCCAGGCUUCGGCUCGCGCGCCAGGACCAUGAGUGAGGACAGCGUCCCCGACGCGGCGUCCCCGCCGCCCCCGCAGGGCCCGCAGUACUUCGACCGCUUUCCCGACGAUGACCCCGAGUACCUGCGCCUCCGCAGCCGCGCCGCAGACCUGCGGCAGGACUUCAGCCUGAUGGAGCAGAAGAAGCGCGUCACCAUGAUCCUGCAGAGCCCGUCUUUCAGGGAGGAGCUGGAAGGCCUCAUCCAGGAGCAGAUGAAGAAGGGCAACAACUCCUCCAACAUCUGGGCCCUGCGGCAGAUCGCGGACUUCAUGGCCAGCACCUCGCACGCCGUCUUCCCGGCAUCUUCCAUGAACUUCUCCAUGAUGACGCCCAUCAAUGACCUCCACACGGCCGACUCCUUGAACCUGGCCAAGGGGGAGCGGCUCAUGCGGUGCAAGAUCAGCAGCGUCUAUCGUCUCCUCGACCUCUACGGCUGGGCCCAGCUGAGUGACACCUAUGUCACGCUGAGAGUCAGCAAGGAGCAAGACCACUUCCUCAUUAGCCCCAAGGGAGUUUCUUGCAGUGAGGUCACCGCGUCCAGCCUGAUCAAGGUGAACAUCCUGGGAGAGGUGGUGGAGAAAGGCAGCAGCUGCUUCCCGGUGGACACCACGGGCUUCUGUCUGCAUUCGGCCGUCUACGCAGCCCGACCGGACGUGCGCUGCAUCAUCCACCUGCACACGCCAGCCACGGCAGCCGUGUCAGCCAUGAAGUGCGGCCUCCUGCCCGUGUCCCACAACGCCCUGCUGGUGGGGGACAUGGCCUACUACGACUUCAACGGCGGGAUGGAGCAGGAGGAGGACCGGGUCAGCCUGCAGAAGUGCCUUGGACCCACCUGCAAGAUCCUGGUGCUAAGGAACCACGGGGUGGUUGCCCUGGGGGACACCGUGGAGGAGGCGUUCUACAAGAUUUUCCACCUGCAGGCUGCAUGUGAGAUACAGGUGUCCGCCCUGUCCAGCGCUGGGGGCGUGGAGAACCUCAUCCUCCUGAAGCAGGAGAAGCACCGACCCCACGAGGUCGGCUCCGUGCAGUGGGCAGGGAGCACCUUCGGGCCCAUGCAGAAGAGUCGGCUGGGGGAGCACGAGUUCGAGGCCCUCAUGAGGAUGCUGGACAACCUGGGUUACAGAACAGGCUACACCUACCGCUACCCCUUUGUUCAAGAGAAAACCAAACACAAGAGCGAGGUGGAAAUCCCAGCCACCGUCACGGCCUUCGUGUUUGAGGAGGACGGCGCCCCGGUGCCCGCCCUGCGGCAGCACGCCCAGAAGCAGCAGAAGGAGAAGACCCGUUGGCUCAACACGCCCAACACCUACCUGCGGGUCAACGUGGCUGAUGAGGUGCAGAGGAGCAUGGGCAGCCCGCGGCCCAAGACCACAUGGAUGAAGGCCGACGAGGUGGACAAGUCCAGCAGCGGCAUGCCCAUACGGAUCGAGAACCCCAACCAGUUUGUGCCUCUCUAUACCGACCCCCAGGAGGUUCUGGACAUGCGGAACAAGAUUCGAGAACAAAACCGACAGGACGUGAAGUCAGCGGGGCCUCAGUCCCAGCUCCUGGCGAGCGUCAUUGCCGAGAAGAGCCGAAGCCCGUCCACGGAGAGCCAGCUGGCGGCCCAGGGCGACGCGGACACCAAAGACGACGCGGAGGAGACGGCGCCCAACCCCUUCAGCCAGCUCACGGACCAGGACCUGGAGGAGUACAAGAAGGAGGUGGAGCGGAAGACGCUGGAGCUGGACGGGGAGAAGGAGACCCCGGCGGAGGGCCCGGGCUCUCCGGGGUCGGCUCCAGCGUCCGCGGCCCAGAGCCCAGCGCGGUCGGAGACGAAGAGCCCCGCGGUGUCUCCCUCCAGGUCUGCAGACGAAGGUGCGAAGACGGAAACAAGCGAAGGCACCGCAGAGCCUGAAGCAACGCAGCCGGAAGGAGUGGUGGUCAAUGGCAGGGAGGACGAGCCGACCCCAGAGGACAUCCUCAGCAAGGGCUUGAGCCAGAUGACCACCACGGCCGACACGGAUGUCGACACCUCUAAGGACAAAACCGAGUCGGUCACCAGCGGCCCCAUGUCCCCGGAGGGCUCACCCUCCAAGUCUCCCUCCAAAAAGAAGAAGAAAUUCCGAACCCCGUCCUUCCUGAAAAAGAGCAAAAAGAAGGAGAAGGUGGAGUCCUGAUUGGUAGCAGCUUCGGCUCCCAUCCGCACCCUCUCCCCUCACCCCUUCCCUUCUCCCAUCUCUGUCCCCGGAGGCGCAGGGCCAAGGAGGGGUAGGCGAGGACCCUGGACCACCCUCUGAGGGCGAACUUGGAGAUCGCGCGACCAAGCCCUCCGUCUACGGCUGCCCCGGAGAAAUCAGGAGACUCCCCCACGGCCGCGCGGCUCGCUGGUGGCGAAGCCUGCACCGGAGCGUGGGUCUGCUGGGCGCCCGCCCGGCCCAGUGCUCUCGCCACCGCCACUGCCUGGCUGUGCGCCGCCCCCGUGGGGACGCCGUGCACCGCGCCGAGCCCCGGGCGGAAGGCCGGAGGGGGCUGCAGGCGCCCACAGCCUCGGACCAGCCCAGGCAGGGCCCGACUCUCCCGAGGAGCCAGGUCCUCCCCGCAGGCAUGUGGCCUCCCGCCCACGGAGCUGCCCCAACCAGAGAUCUCUCCCCGUGGGGUCCCCGCCCGGCCGCGCACACUCAGCAGACACAUUGCCGCCCCCCCCCCCAGCAGAAGUUAAUCUUUGUUCCCAAGGGCUGACGGCUUCGCUUGCACUUCCCCAGCCGCUAACCCCAAGCUGUCUUCACGGGCCCCUGGACGGCGGACGACGAAGGACCCGGGGAGCGGCCGGCGGGAGGGCCACCCAAGGCCGCCGCGGGCUCGCGAAGGGUUUGAUGGGUGUCAACAGCCGGGAACCGGCCCGUUUGAGUCGCGCAUCUCAGGCGCUACAAAACUGAAACCAAAUUUAGCUUAGGGUAAACGUGGUCUCACGCUCAGGGCAGAAAUCAGGGGGAGUUAGAUCCUCUUGUCGGCCUUGGGUUGCGCGAGAGGAUCAGCGCGAGAUGGGAAGCGCCGCGCCUCCGGGCUUUGCAUGACGCGGGAGCAAUGCGGCUGCACCUGUUUCGCUCCCGUGCAGUCACGUGUCCCCGGCCCGUCCUCCAGACCGACGGGAACCAGCAGCGAACCCGUGGCCGCUUUGGGGUCCGGCCCUCCCUCGGGGGCCAGCAGAGGAGAAUGAGGUGAGCCCUCGGGAUCAGUGCUCUCGGGCCAGGGUCAGAUGGAGCCUGAGCGCCCUUGCCCGUCACUCUCUGUCCGUCUGGGGCCUCGUGACGGCCGCAGCCGUCGUCGCAGGUGCUGGCGCCGUUGUCACGUCCUCCCGCGGGGCAUCGAUUAAUGAGCGUUGCUGGCUCCUGAGAAGCAGACAAUCCACACUCUUCACAGCACAGCGUCUUCAAAGAGUAUUUUUCCUCCGUGUCCUGAUGAUCGUGAAAGCACUUGCGAAAGUUCUCGAUCCCCGUGUCCCCCGUGUGAGCCCUCACUUUCCACGUGGAGACCCUGCAGCUUUCCGUGCGUCGCACCCUCGGGCGUCAUGCCAACCCCGCCUGACGCGAAGGGGAGCCAAGCCCCAGAAGGACGACCGACUUGCUCCAGGAAGGUCCGGAGCCUUUGUUCUUCAGUCAUGAUGACUAGACGACGUGCAAAUCCCCGAGGGGGGUGGUUUCAGCCCAGGACCUCGCCGCCGCCCGGUCUGCACCGUGGAGUGAAGGCAGGAGCCCCCGUGUGCUCCCCCGUCCGUGCACGCGAAGGUCUUGAGGACCAGGGACCGGGGUGGGGCCAGGCUGCCCUGUGACGAGGGCGCCGCGGGCCGGAGCGCGGGCUGCCCCUGGGGACGGACCGUGACCGUCCUGCCCACCCUCCCUGCCGCCCCCGCCCCCGCCCCGCUCUUCCCUGUGAUGGCCACCCAGUGGCCGCGGGCAUCGCUGCCUCAAAAAAAAAAAAAAAAUCUGUGAUGUGGGAAAUGCCUUUAAAAGCCGAUCCUUUGAUGCCUUCUCUGAAAAAAUAGAUCUCACGUUCA